GACCAUCCCUCGCACCGGCAGCACGCUACAGUCAAAAUGGGGUAGAGGGCAUUGAUGACGUCACAGCACGGCCAAACAUCACAGAAGGAUAACCACGGGGACGACAUGCAGGAGGGAGGCGAUGCGCGUGGUCAGACUACGCAACCCGCACAUCUCACGGCGUGGCCGGGGACGAUGGUGGGGAGGUGGUCGAUGUCUCAGACUCCUGCCUCUCAUGUGCAUUCUUCUGAUCGUCAUAGCUCUUGGCAUCCUGGCUGUUUCAGAAAUGUCGCUGGUACAGAGGCGGCAGGUCGGUGCCGGCACGGGUCCUGCCAGAGUCAUCCCUGGGAGAGUACAGCACCCUCAGCAGCCGCACCAGCAGACACAGGCCAGCGGUCCAGUGUUCAAGAUAGAGCCACUACUGCGGAGGAACGCUCCGUCAGUGGAGUUGGCAGCCCAGGUCGCCCAGAACGCCGCCCGAGCCGCCCAUGUCGCACGUAUUCUUUCCCAGGAGAGUAUACCGCCAACUCAUCACACCUACUCUUGUCCACGGCCCCUAGCUGACUGCUCUGCAGUACCCCCCUUUCUUCAAGGUGCUGUUAACGUGACGUCUACCCCCAUCCUCCUGGACGAGGCCCGCGUGGAGGCCCGUGUAGGGCCCCUGGGGCCUGGCGGCUCGUGGAGGCCCCCUGACUGCACCCCUCGCCACUCCGUCGCCGUCAUCAUCCCCUACCGUGACCGCUGGGAACAGCUGAUGACUCUCCUUCAUCAUCUGCAUCCCCUGCUGGAGCGCCAACAACUGCAGUACCGAGUCUUCGUCGUGGAACAGACGGGUAACGACACGUUCAACAAGGGUAUGCUGAUGAACGCUGGGUUCCUUACGGCCCUCAAGCUGAUGCCCGAGCCUGGAGUCAUGUUUCACUGUUUCGUGUUCCACGACGUCGACAUGUUGCCUGAGGACGACCGCAACAUGUACAGUUGUCCGGUCCAGCCUAGACACAUGUCCGUCGCUGUCAACGAGCUCGACUACAAGCUUCCAUAUCGACAGCUUGUGGGAGGAGUGUUUGCUAUAAAAACUGAACAUUUCUUCAAAGUGAAUGGUUACUCCAACUUGUAUUGGGGCUGGGGAGGCGAGGACGACGAUAUGGGUUACAGGGUAGAGCACGUGCUAACAUCUAUAUCCAGACCACCAGAGGAGAUCGCAAGGUACACCAUGAUCAAGCACCAGAAACGCAGACCUCUAGCGUGGAAGGUACGAGUCAAACUGCUACGGACCUCCUGGAGGCGCUACAGACUGGACGGGCUCAACACUGUGCAGUUCUCCUUGCUCAGCAUCACAGAGCAUGCGUUGUACACGCGGCUGAUGAUAGACGUGGGUCAUCCGCCACAGAACAUCCGCGCGUUGCAACAACAACAGGACAGUGAGGACAGACGUACCACGGCACCUGGGAGUUAGUAGAGACAGAACUACUGCACGGACGAAUAGGAUUUAGGGUGAAGAUCAUUUAACAGCAAGUCGGGCUUCUAGUGAAACAUGAGACAAUUUAUCUUCCGCUCUAAAGUGAUAACUUAAGAGAUUACGAACUACAUUUUUUGCAUCAUAACGCCAUGAAUACAAUUUCACCGAGGACGUGCAAGUUGGGCCAAAGGGGACUGUUUAAAAUUGUGUGCUCCUGGCAAGAAACAGGGUCAAAGACUACAGAUUUUCUUGAUUAGCCUUUAUUAUAUGUAUUCCAGCAGAACAUGACAUAAGUGAUUCCAUACAUACCAGCUAUCUGUUUUCGUGUUAACAAGAAUGUUAAUCAUCAAAUUCCAAGUGUCGAGUGUGUCAUGUACCAUCUUGUGUGAGAGAUGGUAAGUUCCAGCUGGUUUAUUGUAAAUAGCCCAAAACGACCACGAGGGACUACAGUGUUGUCUCAACUAUCAGUAGACGAUAGAUUGAGAAGUCAGACAUUUUAAUAUUUUAAAAGUGUUGUAAGGAGUUUAGUGAUGUAGAUAUGUUGUACAUGCUGUCCGAUUUGACAAUUUUUACUUAAAUACAAUGUGUCCAAUUCGUAUUGUAACAGGUGUGUAGCAUACAAGAGCAAGCCACUUUUAUUCAACCAUAACGGGUCAAAUAAAAGUGACUUGAUCUUUUAUGACUCAUUCCAGUAUGCAUUGAAAUGUCAAAAGUCAAAUACUCAAGGGACAAGGAGUAACUUUAUCUGUUAACACUUAAAGUUUAUUUUUUUCUUAAUGGAAGUGGAAAGGAACGUUUUAUAGGGAAUCCAACUUGUAUGACAAGUUGUACCACAAAUAGAAUCUAUAGUUUUAAAAUUGCAACUUAAUAUAAUUUUAAAGCUUUGCCUUUUGGUGAACUUCCCAUUCAGGAAACAUCAGAAAAUGUCCCGUGUAGAAGAUAAGCUACUGCCGUAGGACAUUAAGGCAUAGACCAGGGACCGCUUGAGCUUUUCGUUUUGAUGUCCCCAGAGGCCAAAACUCCAUCCGUGCAAACUCAUAUGCAGAGUGUCCCGUAAGUAAACAGCCAAACUCUGGGGAAAUUGGCUGAUUUUAUGAAAAGAUUUCAUAAACACUUAUAUUUAGCAUUUUAACUGUCCAAUCAAAUGACUGCGAGUUCAAAAAGAUCGAAUAACAUAUCGCUAAAACAUAAUUAUUUCUUUUCAAAUGCCAUUUUGAAGAGUUGUAAAAUAAGGCAGAAUGAGCUUGUUCCACCAAGCAAACGAGUUCACGAAGCAGCAUGAUCGGACUAUGGAACGAAGAUUUCAAGAGGUUUUAUACGGUAAAAAUUAGGGUUUCCCAUUUCUUACCCCCGACAUUUAAAAUUAAAAUAGUAAAUUUUAAUUUGAUUUAAUUUAAAAUUCCCAUGUUAUAAUUAUUGGGACAAUGUUUGUAGUUUGCUUGUUAUGGAUUUUUUUACCAAAUUUAUUUAUUUCAUAUCAAGCUAUCGAAUGUAUAGCCUAACAUUUCUUGUAGCAGCAAACCAAACUAGGCCUAAAUGCAUUAAAUCUAAUGUUAUUAAAAUUGGAAAUUUCUGAUAUGUUUAAGAAAAUAGUUUAGUAAAAAUCUGACUAAUCAUGGUAAAAAUCUGACUAAUCAUGGUAAAAAUCUGACUAAUCAUAGUGAAAAUCUUACUAAUUAUAGUUAAAAUCAGGCAAAUGGACAUUCACUUAGCCUGCAGGUUUUAUUUUCAGCUGCGACGGGGUAUUUUCAUACUAUACAAGGCGCAGUUUAAUUAAAAUAAAAAUUAUUUUCCUACUUCAUGAAAUAGCAACCAAUUAGCUCACAGCAACAGAAACUCUUGUGCCGAUUUGCAUUCUAUUUUCAAAAUGUAAAACAACCAGACAAUUGUUGUUGUAUUGAUGUCUGGUUUAAACCUAAUCUUUUUUACCGUAACACAAGUAUAGAGUUGUUUGGUAUGUUAGGAGGAGGAACGUAGGUGUGUAUUUGAACGAAUAAAUCAACUGAUUGUUUCCAGGGAAGUCAAACCGUACAAAACCUCACUAAUUUCGACUAUCCUUUUAUUUUCAGGUUUUAAAAUUAUAUUCAUCCGUGGAAUAUAAAAAAAGAUAUUACAAUUGAAUUAGUGUGACAACUAUUUGUAAAUAGUGUAAGUUAGGUAUAUUAUAUUUAUUGGUUUGUGUUUCAAUACAAAUGUAGGCUGCUGAAUGGAUUUCAUUCAACAAGCAUAGCUCAACAAAUAUUCAUCAAGGUGAUUGAAUAAGAGGUUGCACGUUUUAGUUUUAACUUUGCAACUUACACACAAUUUGUUCUAUAGCUUUAACUACAACAGUAAAACUGAAAUCAAAUUUUAAGAUAAUUUUUAUAUUCGGUCGAACACCAUUACUUCUCCACCACAUUUUAUUGUUUCUCUUUUUACCUUAUACUAUAAAAUUCUGAUCAGUUAGGUAAGAUUGGGUAUGUGAAUGCAAUAGUAAUUGAGCGCCAACAAUGAAGGGAAGGGGAAUGGUGCCCCCCUCCCCUGGAUCAGAACAGAUAAAAUGUGAUGUCAUUUUCGAUAACACACAGAAAAGUUUAUGUUCAUCAGUUUUUGUAUGCGAAUUUCUUUAAUCAUUAAAACUUAUUUGAGCGCUACAUUUAAAAAUAUAUUCCCGGGAAAAAACUAUUCGGGGAUUGGCCCCCUAACCCCUUUUCCCAUGCAUCCCACAGACCUCCAUACAAUUUUCGGACAAUGUCAUUUGUAUUAUGUUAGAUUAGAUUAGUUAUUCUAAAGCGAGAUAGAAUAUUUGUUCAUGGGCUCUUUUUAUCCUAAUCAACGGUAUUUUUUGUGUCGCUAAUCGCAAUACUUUUCAUUGUAGUUACAUAUUCUCUUUAUUAGAUAAUAUACCUUUUGAUUGUAAUAGUUAACAGCCCAAGUGGUAAGAAUGGCAUCGGGGAAAAGAUAGGUGAAUAAAAUACGAUAGUGAUAAUGCAUUAACAGAAAUAAUCAUAUUUUUUCAAAUGCAUUAACCAACCAUUAACCAUUAUCAUAAUGUAUCUCAUAUUGACUCUCAGGUGGCAUUGGCUACUUUAUACAGUUUUCUUCUCCAGGAUCAGUAUUGUCAUAACACUAUUUUAACAAUAUGUAAUACUGUUUGAAUCAGUUCAUUUUUAAUAGUUGGGAAUAACUUAGAAUGAUUAGUUUAUAACAAAGUGCCAAAAUGUAUUUUAUAGUAGUUUAUAUACAUUCAAACUUAUUUACUCUGUCAAAUGUAAUAUAUGUUUAUAAAUA